CUUGCGUUGGGCGGAUUGUAGUGGAGGUGGCGGCGGCGGUGAUGCAGCGUCUCGCAAUCGACGCUAAGGCGACAUCAUUCACACGAAUAACAGCCAGACACGGCGCCGUGUCUUCGUAGGCGGCUAUCUACAAUGAGGAGAGAGCCGGCGGCGGCGUAACGAGGAGAAAUGGCCGACUGUGGGUCGGAGAAUGGAGAAGCGGCGAGGAGGGAGGAGGAGCAGCAGGAGGAGGAGGAGGCGACGAUGAUGAUGAAGCAGAUGAUGGUGGUGGCCGAGGAGAUGCAGGAGCACGAGGAGGAGGAGGAGUACGAGGCUGAGAGGGCGAAGGUGGCCGCUGGGCUCGCGUGGCUGGCGGCAAAGGCGCCGAGUCCAGAGUCCACCUGCGAGGACCUGCGGGCGCCGUUCUACAGGGACGAGUACAACCAGGAGCACUUGAAGGGCAACGUGGGCGAGCUGCUCGCGUCCGGCGAGCUCUACUGCCAUGUGUUCCAGCAGCAGCUGCACGGAAAGUGCUCCCCUGCCGUGCCGAGGCAGGGCCACUGGGCCGUGAUCCAGGGCCUGGCGCGGCGUGGCCUCUACGUCAUGGAGGAGGAGGACUGCCCCGUGACAGAGGCGGACUUGCAGAACAUCCCCAUCCGCAUGAGCUGCCAUCUGGCCAUGCUGGACUCUCUGAUGCUGGCGUGCGCCGUGGAGCAGAUGAGCAUCGAGAAGGUGGUGACGAGCGUGCGCAGGUUCUCCGUCGUCUCGCCGCGCGAGCUGCCCUUUGACCUCGAUGGGGCCAUGCUUCUCUGGAUCAAUAAGGUUAACAUGAAGUUGAAGGAUUCUGUUGAAAAGGAGCAGAAGCAGCAGAGCGUUGCAGAGGGAGCUUGCCAACAGAAGUCUCCGGCCAAGUGGUACUGGAAGCUGGUUCCUGUGCGAUAUCGAAAGGAUCCGUCCGUGUCGAGGCAGUUACCAGUCAUCCCAGUGCUGCGCAGCCUGUCUGAGAUAUCUGAUGGAAGAGCCCUCCUCAGUCUAAUCCACUACUACUGCCCGGAACUGCUUAGGCUAGAAGACGUGUGCCUGAAGGAGAGACUCAGCCCCACGGAGAGAAUGUACAACAUUCGACUUCUGAUGGACGUUUCUCAGCAACACUUUGAGGGCUGCCUGCUGCUCACGCCCUCCGACCUGCUACGUUGUCCACCUGCUCUCAAGACAAACAUUAUGGCUUUUGUGGCCGAGUUGUUCUGGUGCUUCGAGGUGGUGAGACCAGAGUUUGUGUGUCCAAGAGAACCCCUCGAGCAUUCCACUGACGCACUGCCACAUUCCGAGUCUGGAUCACUGACCAUGUUGGACCAAGCUCCUUUGCUAGCAGAUGUCAAACAAAGGCCCAUGUCGCAGUCCGUCUCCUUUGAAAUCAAGUUCGAUGACCGAGUGAGUGAUGACUCUAAGCCCAUGCCAAAAUCUCGCAGCAAGGACAGCUUGGCAAAAAGACCAAGCAGGGGGCUUGGAAAGGCAUCCCCGGACUUGAUGUCAGGAGAAGAUGACGGAGGAAGGGAGGCAUCCCAUGAUAACUUGGCGAACGGCAUGCUGGGGGCAGAGGGCGAACAGUCGGAAGACGACGGCAAGAUGAAGGAGCACGGUUUCUCCGUGCCGUUCAGAAGGAAAGCAAGCAGCCAGCUCCCAGAUAAAUCUGUCACAUUUGCCCCAGUCACGAGUGCUGACGUGCGGAACAUGUCGCCUGCGGAGGACGGCUUCGAUGUCCAGUCACUGCCAGUGUUGAGGAGGGUGAAUUCCCCAGCCAAGGCAGCAGCAGCCCACCCCCAGGGCAAGGCAGGUGGUGGAUUUUACCUUCACUCAACGGACGCCUGGAGUCAACCUGAUGCGAACAGGGCAAGCUUUGUGUUAAACAGUCACUAUGACACGCCCGAGAAAGCCCUGGCGGCUGGCCUGCCGGUUGUUGAGCCAGUGAAUGGCGAAAAAGGCAACAUUGUGGAGGUUGAUUCCGACGUGGAUGAUUCUGGGAAACCUCAGUCGAGCGACAACACAGAUGCGAAAGGAGCACAGAGUGAAUUUUUGAGCUCUCCAGUCCCCAGCCCAAGCCCAAGCCCCUGUCCCAGCGUUGAGAGCAACACGUCUUCCAGUUCGGGCGUCAAAAUGACAAGCUUUGCCGAGAGGAAGUUUCGGAAGUUUAACAGCGCGGAGACCAAGUCGAGCGUGAGUAGUUCACUGAGGUCAACCCCGGACAGCUCGGAGAACGGAUAUCCUCACACCAUCGCCACCAGACAGAGCCGGGGUCACAGAGACCAAGCUUUGUCCAAAGAAUCCGAGCAAGACCAGCAGCCGGGGUCCCCUCCCAAUCACCCAUUGGCAUCGGAGGUUGUUCGGCUGCAGAUGAAACUGGAGGAGAAGCGACGGGCCAUCGAGGCGCAGCGCCGGCAGGUGGAGGCUCUGUGCGCCAAGCAGAGGCAGAAGUUUGGGAAGGAGGCGUUCAUGCAUGUUAUUAAAGGAGGCAAGAAGGACCGUCUAGACCCCCAAGGCAUCGGAGGGGAUUCGUCGGAGAGCGGCGGCGAGCAAAUGCUGCCCGCCAGAACCCAGUUGGAGGCGCCGGUGGACAGUGGAGCCGAAGACGACACGGUGACAGACAUGUCUAGGCAAAGCCGAGAAGUUGUUGAAGCGGAAGCAUUUGGAGAUAACAGAGAAUCGGAAGAGAUGAUGGGUGCGUGGGCCGCAGAGCCGCGGGAUUACGAUGAGUCCGGCAGGCGUGGAGAUGGUCUCCCAGUUGAGGUGACCGGUGCAUUGGAGGAGGAUCUGGAAAGGGAAAAUGCAGGCGAGGCAGAUUCUGGGGAGUACAGCCGCUCUAUCUACAAGCUCAACGACACGCUGCGCGGGCUUCAGAGCGAGAUGUUGCGAAUGGCCCAGCAACAGGAGCACCUGCUGCAGAUGAGGGACAGCCAGCAAGCCAUGGCCGAGGCUGAGGCGAGGCUUCCGCAGAAAAAUUACGACACCUAUUCUUUGUCGCCCGCAUCUUCAGGAUCCCCGGCAAAUCGCACGCCGACUCGCCGCCACCUUUCAAAGUCCCCGGCGCGGAUGCAGCUCCGAAGCCCGAGAAACAACUCAACACCGCGACCCAACGAGCUGAGGUUUUCCGUCGUAGGUCCGCCCCAGGAGUCUCCGCAGCCCUCCCUGGCACGAGUGCUCAGCCCGCAGCCGUACGUCGAUAACCUCAGGCACCGCCGUCGAUACGCGCCCAACGAAGUGCGAAUGCAGACCAGCUCGACCAUCUGUUUUGGCGACGACGAGACCGAAGUUUCGUCCCCUACCAUGUCGAAGGCUGAAUCUGACAGUGACAAGGUUACGGUCUCCAGCGGGAAGUCCACCAUUGACUCCAGGGAUGUGAGCCCGAGCAAAACGGCUUUGAACCUGGCGCCGGGCAGACAGGAUGAACGCGAUGAAGCGGAGGAAGCUGCGGAUUUCGAACUGGCACCUUCGCAGCCGAGACAGCCGUUACCCGUCGUUAAAACCCCUUCGCCCAAGGAAGUGCAGAGCAUUGUCGCCAUGGAGAAUCAAUCGUCCAUGGAAGGAUCGCCGGUCAAACUGAGAGGAAGCAGGGCAAGCUCCAACACCAGCAGCCCGGCCAGAGAGGUCGGGACUCCCGCCCAGAGACCAGUGGGGUUGAUUGAAGUGGACCUGUCCGGAAUGAACACCCCCGAGGGCCUCCUGUCGGAAGAUGAUGCAGCGGAGAAUGCUGCUGAUUAUUCCACAGACGGCGAGCAGAAGGCAGCGCUGGGAUUCUUCUUUAAGGGAGACCAGGGCCCCACGGAAGAGGAGCGCGAGAGGAAGAAGGCGGCCUUCCUGCAGAAGCAGCAGAAGAAGGCGGAGGAGGCGCGCCUGAAGAAGCUACAGAUGGAGGCAGAGGUUGAAAAGAAGCGAGAGGAGGAGAGGCGCAAGGUGGAGGAGGACGAGGCGAAGAAGGCCGAGAAGAAGGCGGAUCGCGAGUACGUGCGCGAGGUCUUCCGGCGUCGCCACCAGGACCAGCAGUGGGAGCAGCACCAGGCCCGCACCAAGGCCACCAAAGGCGCUAAGGCCAAGAUUAGGAAGCCCAGGCCCAAGUCGGCGCACCGUGAAGAGGGCGGCAGUGCCAGCCUGUCGCCUUUCAAGCCCGCGGUCGGUGGCGCCCUCAACAGGUUUCACUCGGCAUCCAGCCUCUCCCUGGUUUCCACAACCAACAGCGAGCCGGAGGGUGGCCGUUCCCGACGUCCCAACAGGUCUGGCUCCAUGGAGUUGCUGGAUGCGGACGGUGCGGGCUCGGGCGAGAGCCCGACUGCAGACAAGGACUGGGACAACGCCUCGCAGGUGUCAUCCCACGUGUCUGGUGGGGAGUACACAGGUCCAAAGCUGUACAAGGAGCCAAGUGCCAAAUCCAACAAGCACAUCAUCCACAACGCCUUGUCCUACUGCUGCCUCGCCGGCAAAGUAAAUGAGCUGCAAAAACAAAAGGUCAUCGAGGAGCUGGAGCGCUGCGACGCCAACCACUACAUGAUCCUGUUCCGUGACGCUGGCUGCCAGUACCGUGCCCUCUACGCCUUCUUCCCGGAGACAGAGGAGAUACAGCGCGUGACGGGCUUCGGCCCCAAGGCCGUGUCUGCCAAGAUGCUCGACCGCCUCUACAAGUACAGCUCGGACCGCAAGCAGUUCACGUCCAUCCCCGCCAAGACCAUUUCGGUCAGCAUGGACGCCUUCACCAUCCAGAACCACCUGUGGCAACCACGCCGGCCUUCCUCCACCAUCAUCCCCACCACACCGACGUACUCGUCUUCCACCGCCACUGCCAGCAAGAAGCCGGGUCCUGGCAAGCCCUGAUCCUUGCAGGAUGUACACGUAUUCAUUCAAUCGACUCUUGCACACGCUGACACCACGGGCCAUUUGUAUUUAUCCUCCGAAGGGCGACCGAGUUCCUAGCAGAAUUGGUGUCUCAACACUGCCAUGGGCUGAGAAAGAUGACUUCUCAUUGUGGGUUUUUUUUUUAAGUUAGAUGGAAGGAGACAAUGGGAUACAUACCUGCCUCCUCGAUAAGACUUUUUGCCAUCUGAGCUUUACAUUCAAAUUAGGGGUUAGAGACGUUUUUUGCCUUGGCCAUAAAAACCUUGAAAUUUCCACUGAACUGCCUCGUGUAGCUAUAAGUGAUAUUUACCUUUGUGUCGACACCGAAAACUUUCUCGUAUCAAGAAAAACGACUGGAUAUUGAAUUACUUUUGCCUUUUUCAAAGCCGAAUAUAAAAUGUAGAAUUGGGUAUAAAGGUGCUUCAUGUCAAAGGCCCUGCCAGCAGUUCAAGGAGAAUAUUCUGGUUCUUUUAAAAAUGUAUGGAAUUAUGUUUCAAACCAGAGCAAGCGAUCAUAGUGAUGGAAUAUUGUCUGCGGUUGCAGAGCUAAUCAAAAAUUAAGAAAUUUACUCGCAAGGCAAGAUAAUCUAGCAUUGGUUUUAAGGAGCUUAACAUGACACGUCUUGUAAUUGGCUGUAAUUGCACAUUGCCAAUCGAUGAAUAAAUAUUUACGUUCAGAGCACAGCUAAUUAAAUCACAUUUUUGGUACUGAAAUUGCUUUGGGGUGUGCCUUACGGUAGACUAAAAUUACAAAACUACUUUUUUUGCUGGCACGUGAACAAUGGGAUUAAUUUGCAAACACUUCUAAAGUAUGGGAUGUGAGGAUGACGUGACAUUUUCUUAUAUAAACGGAUUAUUGCAGGAACAUUUAUGAUGUGUGGCGAUAAUAAUGUACUUUUAUAGGGCUUAGACAUAGGAUAGCACAUGCAUUUAACCUACGAAUAGCAUAAAACCAGUACUCAUUAAAAAAUGCAUGACAAUAUACAACUGCCCUGUUAUCAAUAAUAGCUUAAUAGAUUUACUGGUGGGUUUUUUUGUGAGCCAGUUGAUGAUGUUUAUGAUUGGAUUGCAUACAAACUGAACUUCAUUCUUGGAAUAUCCAAGAAUUGCUCAACCAUGACAUUGCAUUUCAUGCAUGUACAUAAACAGGCAUUUUUUUAUGUGCAGAAAAUGAAAAACAAUGAAACCUGCAUUCAAAAAGACAAUUUCUAUACUUCAUGCACAUUUCCUUUUUUUUAUACGACAUAAUUGGAGAGAGCUGCUUAACAAUGGACCUUGAACAUCUUUUUCGUUGGAGACGACCCCCAAGGCAAGGAAGUUGGGCAUUUUUAAAGCAUUCAACGUUCAAUUAAAGAUAGUCAACCAUUACCUGUAAUAAAGCAUUACAAUGUGUAUAUGCUAUGACCUUGGGGAGGAAUUCCCAGUCACUUAAUUACGCCGUUUGAUUUUCUUUCAUUCACAUACCAACAUUACAUAAUUUCAGUUCAUGGAACUUGAUUAUUUGGUUGAUUUCCACAUCAUGUCGGGCCAAUUGCAUAACCCUAACUUUCCCUACGGUGGUGCACAAAUAUAAGCUUACAAAGUGUUGUGUUUGAAAAUAUUGGUAUUUGUUUUGUAUGCACUUAAUUUACUUUGGAUCCACGAAUGGGACACUAAUGAUAAAUGAUCCGUUGGUUCGCUCGUGUUAUUGGCUGGUGGCUUGUGUACAUAAUUUAAUUCUCACAUUAAAAGUUAUGUUUCCACCCUUUGUUAAUUAGCUGCUGAAUUAAGGCCUCAUCCACAUGCAACGUGGAUAUAGGAAUGUUUGACCAUGCUCAUCAGUGCAUUAUCACUCACCACCUAUGUUGGCCAGAGCCAGGAAUCAAACUCAGGAAGCCGGGUUCAUGGCACAGUAUGCUAACCACGGCACCACCGCUCUACCCCCGUCUAUAACACCAUCCAUUUACAAUUAAAAUUACACUGCCAACAGCAAAAAUACACUAAAUACCACGUGUGUGCGUGAUACCAGCACAAUAUUUCCAAGGCAAAAUUUCUCAUGACAUAGGACAGCCGUAUUCCAUAUACCGCCAGCCAUGUUGAAUACUUUACAACGUCUUACGAGCCCACCAAUGUGUUUGUGCAACGUGACAGGGUGUUUAGAAUGUGAGUGUUGCGGACCAAGGUGCCGAGUGUACUCGCUUGGUUUUGUAUCGUGUGGUUUAAUACUAAAACACUCACAUUCCGGUGGAUGUUGUUUUUUAAUGACACUUUAUGAAAGCGGAGAACAAACUGCGCUGGCACGGAUACUUUAAUUGAGUUAUACAUAUUGUUGUGACUUAAUGCUUGUAAAUGUUUUGUAGCCAAAAGGACAAAGUUCAAUGAAAUUUAAAAAAAUGUUGAUUUAUCUUCCUCUGUGUAAAAGUUUGAAUUUAAUAUCUGAUUAAGUGCAAAAGGCAUUCCAUUUUUUUCAGUUGGCUGCAUAGUUAUCUUGACCAAUGAUGAAACUGGAAUUGGGGUGAAUGUCGUUUAAAUUUCCUUUUGUCACUUUUAACCGGCUGAACGCGAGUUGCUUGCUUUGCGAACAAUGCACUAGUACAGUAUAUUAUUUAUAGAGAUGUAUUUAAUCUUGGCAAUUUUUUUUGCAAACUCUUAAAUGAGAUUCAUUACUUUGGUGGUGUUGGUGCGUGUCCGAUUGAAGAUGUGCUUUUUUUAUUGGGUGAGAGUGGGGGGGGGCUUGGUGUCAUUAUAUUUGAACGCUUAAAAUGUGAUCUGUAUUGAUAGAGGAAGUGAGUAGACUUUUAUUUUCUAAGAUGCUCAUUUUGGGAUUUAAGCAAGUGGUGUACUGGUUUAAAUGCAUGCGGAAAAACAUUACUUUAUAAUUUAUAGAUUGAACUUGAGAUGCCAAGGUGAAUGGUGAUGUUGAGGGUGAAUAGUUGUGUACAUAGGUGCAGUAUGCACUGAUCUGAUCAUGGCAAGAUGAUAAGGUAGUGUUAUUGCUGGGUUUGCCAAGAACCGUUGUAGUGCUUUUUCCGAUCCUCCUUCCCCCACCGGAUUUUACACUACUGUUCUCCAAGGCCUGUAUGUCAUCGGUACUGGUGUAAACUGCUGUAUAUUUAUUUUAAGCAAGUCUUACGACUCUUAAUAAAGCAUGGAGAUAA